UCUGCAAAACGUACAAAAAUUAAAAAAAAAAUUUAAAAGUAAAAAGUGGUGAACCGUUAAAACAUUAAACGAAAUUCAAAAUGUUGAAAUUUAUAUUGGUCGCUUGUCUUUUAGUACAAAUCGCCGUUGCGGCGCCACUUACCCAAGCGGAAGCCGAUGAGAAGGCCGAAUUGGAACGCAUCCAAAACGAAAGCGCACAAUAUUCGUAUGGCUCAAAUGUUGAGGACAAUAUCAAUGAUGGUGCUAUACAACGCGAGGAGACCCGUGAUGGUACUAAGGUCAAGGGCAUGUACUCCUACCGCGAUGGCUAUGUCAUGCGUACCGUGCACUACGAAGCCGAUGAAAACGGUUACCGUGUGGUGAAGGAAGAUACACAGGAGAUCGGCGAUGGACCACAAUUCGAUGAAAAUGGUGAGGCUACCGUUGAGGGCUCCCUGAUACCCAAAUACUCCAUUCGUUUGGAUAAAACCGAUAACGAGAAACACUACAAGGAUGCGCGAUUCAGUUAAAUUUCUCUGCCGCUCUACUUCGCCCUCUCGCGCUCUCUACAUACAUACUAUGUAAGCUUUAUAAGCAUAAUUGAGUUAAGGAAACAGACUGAAAUAAUCUUUUGAAUUGUUAAACAAAAACAACAUGAGUUUUUUUUUUUAAUUAAUACACAACUUGAAUUUAAUGUGAUUUCAUCACAGAGAAAAAUCAAAUAAAAUGAAAUGAAAACACACAUUUUUUUAUAU